AAGUUGCCAGUUUAGUAUAUUUGUCGAGUAGUCGGUAAUCAGUAGUUUAGUGUUUCAAGUUUGAUCGCUCCUCUUAAUAACUAAUACCUAUACGAUAUAUUAGAAGACUACAGAUAAUAGGUAGGACUAAUAUUGUUUCAUAUUUCCGCUAGUAAAAUCAGAAUAAUUAUUCUUGGGAGCAAAAUGCAAAUAUUACUACGUUAGAAAAAUAGUUCCCAUUGUAUAAAUGCAAUAUUUUGUUACAAAAAUACUGUGUGAGUUUUUAAUGAAAAAUAUUUUAUUUUUCCACAUCUCAUUUUAACCCUACAUACGUAGUCCAGCAAGGUCCUAUUUUUUUCUAUUUAUUCCGGAAGUUUUGCGGUCUUUAUUUUUUAAAUUCGGCAUAAAAGCGUGUCAGCACAUCAGUGUAAUACUGGUCAGUUAUCGUUUUCUAUUUUUCUAAAUAAUCAAUAAAGAUUACACCUUUGGACUCCUAAAACAACUUUUUAUUUUCUUGAGAGCACGUUUUUCAGAUGGAGUGUAUAUAAACGACUGUAUUUUGGAUGGUAUAAUCAACUUUAAUAUUUUUAAAACAAAAAUCGGAACAAUUUGUUUCAAAAUAAUGAAAAACCUUGACUCCUGAAGAAAUUCUAAAAGAUGACAAGUAUUUUCUAAUAAAGUUAUGCUCAUUUUUUGCUUUUUAAUUUUAUGCUGUUGAGAUGAAUUUUUAGAAUUAAAACUUGCUGAUGUGAAAUAUUUCUAUUCCGUCCUCUUAUUAAAACUAUUCGACACCGGUUACAGGAGAGGAUUUAUACCAAAUUUUCAAAAAAUAUACAAAGUUUCGAUCAUGCAAUUACCGAAUCCAGAUACAAGCCACUGAUUCUGAAGGUCACCUGCCAAUAUUUCAGUUAAUAGAACUGCAGAUCUCUUAAUUGGAUUGAUGCUUAAUUUUAUAAUUAACGAAAUGACUGAAUCAAUCAAUAUAGUAGCUUCCAGCACUACUUAAACCUAAAUUCAAUAAGGCGCAGUACGUUUCCUAAUCAACUUUAACUUCGAUGUCGGGUAAUGUUUCAAUAAUCGAAAAACCUACAGGAAGAAACUGUUGCUUACAAUUUUAAGUAAAAUAUAACAAUAACUUAAUGUGAUAUAUAUUAUGCAUUUUAAUUCUGAAGAUCAUUUUGCGCACAUAAAAAAACGCAAUCGUAGAAAAAUUAUAGUAUAAGACACGUGAGAAAAUGAUAUGUUUCUCUCUCAUUUGAUUUGCGGUACUCGUCUCGUGCUAACAAAAAAUAUGUAAAUUUCUCCAUAAUUAUGCAACAACGAAAACAUUUUUCUUUAUGUGAAGAUUAAAACUGACUUUUUUGUCAAAUUUGUAUCAAAAUUUUACAGAUUUCAUCGGAAAUAUAUAUUCGUAUUCAUGUUUUAUAUAAACCAACGCAAUUCGUGUACAGAAUAAAGUUAAUAUUUUACUUUUAUUUUUGACCAGAUCCCUCGAAUUCUCGCUGCCAGCGAUAAAAUGACAGACUAUAAUUAUUAUCAAUCAAUAUCCAUUGCAGUUGUCUUUACUGAGAUAUUUCAGAGCAGAUAUAUAACAAAAUCUAAAUGUACUUUUCUUUUCUCAAAAUUUAAUCAAAGUAAUCAAUAUAAUUACAAAGUGCAUGAAAGAUAUCAUUAAGAAGAAAUAUUUGACUUCAUAAUGUUAGAAAGGACAUUUCGAAAUAUGUAAUUUUCACAUGAACUGCGCAGUAACCAGCAAAAUAGAAUCAAUACUCUUUUAACUUUCCUGUUUAUAACCCUAAAAAUACGACAAAAAAUGUAAUAAAAUUCAUUGUGUCGAAUCAUUGAAACCUUCAAAAAUGUUCAGGGAAAGAUGUAACCUGUAUUUUAGUUACUGAAAAGAUGAAGACGUUAUUAUUAUUUUUGGCAGUAUUUAUUGGUCUAACAGCGAUUUAUGCGAAUCCUUUGACGACUCCUACACCACCCACGUUUCAAACAAAUUGUGGUUAUAACUCGUGUCAUCCAAUAAAAGAUGGUGAUUUUAUCAAUGUUCAUAUUGUUCCUCAUACACAUGAUGAUGUCGGUUGGCUGAAGACGGUGGAUCAGUACUAUUAUGGCAGUAAAAACACCAUUCAAAACGCAGGAGUUCAAUAUAUUUUGGAUUCGGUUAUGGAUUCAUUAAGAAAAGAUGAAAACAGAAGGUUUAUCUAUGUGGAAACUGCUUUCUUCUGGAAAUGGUGGAUAAAACAACAUGAUAUCGUCAAAGCACGAGUAAGACGAUUUGUUAAUAAUGGACAAUUAGAAUUUAUAAGUGGAGGUUGGAGUAUGAAUGAUGAAGCUACGACUCAUUAUCAGUCAAUUAUAGAUCAAAUGACUUGGGGAUUACGAAAGUUGAAUGAUUCUUUUGGAGAAUGUGGUAGGCCAAAAAUGGGCUGGCAGAUCGAUCCGUUUGGUCAUAGCAGAGAAAUGGCUUCAAUUUUUGCACAAUUGGGAUUUGACGGUUUAUUAUUUGGACGAAUUGAUUAUCAAGACAAAACUCAAAGACUAUCGACAAGAACACCUGAGAUGGUAUGGAGAGGAAGUCAAAAUUUAGGAUCAAAAUCGGAUCUGUUCACUGGAGUUAUGUUCAAUGUAUAUUCUCCGCCCAGAGGAUUUUGUUUUGAUCUAUUAUGUUCAGAUGAACCCAUCAUAGAUGACAAAAAAAGUCCUGACUACAACGUUGAUAAAAGAGUUGAUCUAUUUCUUGCCCACAUAACCAGCCAACUUAUUUAUUACGAUUCAAAUAACGUAAUAGUUACAAUGGGUGGAGAUUUCAACUACCAAGAUGCUGAAACAUGGUUCAAAAAUCUCGACAAAUUGAUAAGUUAUGCUAACGCUAGACAAGCUAACGGCUCAAAAUAUAAUUUACUCUAUUCCACACCUUCUUGUUAUAUAAAAGCUAUAUAUGAUCAAACCCAUGGAAAGAAAAAAUGGUUCCAAAAACAAGACGACUUCUUCCCUUACGCAUCUGAUCCUCACGCUUUCUGGACUGGUUACUUCACUUCAAGGCCAACAAUUAAAAGAUUUGAACGAGAAGGAAAUAACUUUUUACAAGUAUGCAAACAACUGUAUACUUUAGCUGACUUAGAUCCUAUUGACAAAGUAGAUCUUAAUGUCCUUCGUGAAGCGAUGGGGGUGAUGCAACAUCACGACGCUAUAACAGGUACUGAAAAACAACAUGUCGCUAAUGAUUAUGCUAGAAUUUUAUCAAAUGGUUUCCAAGAGUGCGAAUGGAUAACUAAAACGGCUCUAAGUAAAUUAGUCGUUCAGAAAACCAAAAACCAUGUGCGUGAUGGACCAAUACCUGCAACUCGAUUUACGACUUGUCCAUUAGUUAAUAUAAGUCAAUGCGCUUUUACAGAAACAAACAAUGAUUUCGUUGUAACAAUAUACAAUCCUUUGAGCAGACUCGUUGAUAAAUUUAUCCGAGUACCAAUUACUGGUAAUAAAUAUUCAGUAAAGGACCCAGAAGGUACAGAAAUAGUAACUCAAAUAGUUCCAGUUUCCCAAGGGGUUCUCACAAUACCUGGUAGAAAGAGCCGGGCUCAAAACGAAUUAGUAUUCCAGGCAGCAGACAUACCACCUCUUGGUUUUAAAUCAUAUUUCGUACAAUCAAUUGAAAGCAACGAUAUACCAAAAUAUCAAUCCGUUGAAAAUGAUACAACAGAAGGAGCUGAAUUCGACAUUGAUCCUCAAACAGGUUUAAUCACUCAAAUAACCACCAACGGUCUGACAAUAGAUUUUGCUCAAGAAUUCCUCUAUUACAAAGGAUUUGUAGGAAACAAUUCGAUAUUUAGCAAUAGAUCAUCAGGUGCAUACAUUUUUAGACCUUACGGUGACACAUUUAAGGUAGCUAAUAAAGCCGAAUUCCAAGUGCAUAAAGGUCCGAUUGUAUCUGAGGUUCAUCAGAAAUUCAGCGAUUGGAUAAGUCAAAUUAUUAGAGUAUACGAAGGACAAAACUAUAUUGAAUUCGAUUGGCUAAUUGGACCUAUACCAAUUGAUGAUUCGCAUGGUAAAGAGAUAAUUACAAGAUAUAAAACUUCAAUAAAAUCGAAUUCGACUUUCUAUACUGAUUCCAAUGGUCGUGAAACCAUAAUGAGGAUAAGGAACUUCAGACCAACAUGGAAUUUAAGAUUAAAAGAAAACGUAUCUGGGAAUUAUUAUCCUAUAACGACAAAAAUAGCAAUUAAGGAUGAAAAUGUACAAUUAGCAAUACUAACUGAUAGAGCAGAAGGAGGUAGCAGUUUGAAAGAUGGGGAAAUUGAGCUAAUGAUUCAUAGAAAUUGUUUACACGAUGAUGCUUUUGGUGUUGGUGAAGCUUUGAAUGAAACUGCAUUUGGUAAGGGUUUAGUUGCCAAAGGUACUCACUAUGUUACUUUGGGAAGUGUUCGCGAAAAUAAAGACGGUAAAACAGCCUCAGCUCAAGAAAGAAAAUUAAUUCAAGAGAAAUUAUUAUCAGCGUGGACGUUUGUCUCUGACACAGAGAAUUUAUCUUUCGAACAAUAUAAAACCAAAUAUAUCAUGGAGUAUGCUGGAUUGAAACGAAGUUUGCCAGAUAACGUUCAAAUUUUGACUCUAGAACCAUGGAAAGCAGACACAUUUUUAUUAAGGCUAGAGCACGUGAUAGAAAUUCACGAAGAUGCUAAAUUGUCCUUACCACUAACAGUUGAUUUGAAAGACUUAUUUGCACCUUUCGAGAUAUCAAACCUGCAGGAAACAACUCUGGGUGGUAAUCAAUGGUUAUCAGAAAAUCACCGACUUCAGUUUAAUGUUGGUUCAACUCUUGAAGAUUUGUGGGCAGAUGAAAAAAUUUCCGAAUACCAAAAAUGGGCGCAAAAUAAAUGGAAAGCAAAUUUGAAGGAGCGUGUUAUAGCAGAAGCAAAUGAUCUGUCAGACGAUGUGGAUAAUUUGAAAAUUCUUCUUAAUCCUAUGCAGAUUCGUACAUUUAUUUUAAAUAUUGAAAAAUGAUUUUGAUGAAUCAAAUAUAUUUUUUCUCAUA